UGGAUCGCAGUCAUUAUUCGAUAUUGUUGCCUGGUGGACGUGAAAAAAAACCAGAGAACUAGCGCGUGAAUUAUAUGAUCGCGAGUUUCAACGGUGGAAAAAAUAAAACGGCGAAGAAGUGUUCUCUGAUCAAAGGAACCAGCGGGAAAGGGAUAACAAGUGUCAAAAAUUUGUAUCUCGGUAGCUUUGGAAAACAGAAUAUUUGCUUUGAACCGCGGGCAACAUUGCGAGUACAGUGGAAAUCAAUUAAUUAGAAGUUGUAUAAGCCGAUCAUGAGCAGUGUAUUAGUGAGAGUAGCUGUGAAAAUCUAGGAAAACUAAAACAAAACUCACCAAAAAGGAACCCGUACCAGAAGUGUAGCAACACGGUGGAGAUCUACAAUUCCACCGUAUACAUAAUUUCAGUCUAGUGCAAGCGCAGUGGUAUUCGUUGCCCUUCGGCGUUGAAUUUACAAACCAAACCGUCUGUGAGCAGUUUGUGUACUCAACCGUAUACUGAAUAAAUCACAUCAGCAGAUCACAACACAGUAAUAUGAUUCACGUGGAUGAAACGGACCCUCUCGGUGAUGUGGCACCACCAUUUCCUUAUCGUGAGGUGGAGAUCGAACGCGGAGUCGAUGCAAAACAGCUGUACGAGUUGAGUACCGAAAUCGGAAGAGGCAAAUUCGGAGUGGUGCACACAUGCAAAGAAAAAUCUACCGGAAUUCGGUUGGCUGCAAAAUUUAUCCAGAUUGUAAAGAAAGGCGAUCGGAAGAACAUCGAACGGGAAGUUCACAUGAUGAACGUUCUGCGGCACCCAAAAAUUGCUCAGCUGUAUGCAGCCUACGAGUUUGACCGAACUUUUUGUAUGGUGAUGGAGUUGGUUGAAGGUGGUGAACUAUUUGACCGCGUGCUGGACGAGAAGUUCAUCUUGACUGAACGGGCUUGCGCCAUCUUUAUGCGGCAGAUUUGCGAAGCGAUUGCCUACAUCCAUGAGAAUAACAUCGUUCAUUUGGAUUUGAAGCCGGAAAAUAUCCUUUGUCUCACGGAAAGCGGAAACCGGAUCAAAAUUAUCGACUUUGGUCUUGCUCGUGAGUAUGAUCCGGACAACAAGCUGCAGGUACUGUUCGGAACACCCGAGUUCGUAGCACCAGAAGUGGUGAAUUUCGAAGCGAUAUCGUUUGCGACGGACAUGUGGAGCGUUGGUGUCAUCGCCUAUGUACUAGUAUCCGGACUGUCUCCCUUCGCUGGCGAAGAUGACAUUCAAACUAUGGCCAACAUCACGAUAGGCCGAUAUGACUUUCUGGAUGAGUCAUUCGACAAUGUGUCCGAAGAAGCGAUAGAUUUCAUCAACCGUUGCUUGGUUAAAGAACAAAAGGAUAGAAUAACAGGCGAAGAAGCUCUAAAGCACAAAUGGAUCAAACGAAAACCGCAAUACUAUCCAACGAAUCACCGACCAUCGAUCACCACUUUUAAACCAGUCCUGCUUGAGAACAGUACCAAUCAUAAGAUCAAUGAUGGAAUUGACAAAGAAAAUCUGAAGGAUCUGGUAUCCAAGUGGAAUGAAAAUCCGAAUUCUCGCUACACCUUCGAUCAGGUGGCUGAGAACGUGAUCUCACCCAGUGGAGAAAUGAUUUCAAUUCAUCGAUCGAGUGUAGACGCUGGCGGACGAAGAGGCAGCUUAGCUCGAGGCGACGAAGAACCGUUGCUUCUGUCCCCAUCAUCAUCGACAUCCUGUUGCUCGUCAUCGCCACCACCCUCAUCGGAUGUGAGCGCUACUAACCUGGCAAAUAGUGAGAGUUUCAUCGCCACCCCUCCACCACAUCCUCUGGCCUUGCGUCCAGCACUAGUGCCAUUAGAAGUAGUUCCUAACACGAAUAGUAUUGGUACCCGAAUUGGCGUGAUCGGCAGCAGCAUCGAAAACACGACUACCACCAGCAGUAGUAACGAAAUUAGUGUUACCAGUACUAGUAAUAACAUUAACAAUAGUAGCUUUAACGAACGAUCGUCACCAAAACAGCCCGACCGGGUGUCACCAUCUGAUCAUUCUCGUCCAUCUUUCUCAGAUCAUUCACAGACACCGUCACUACACACGACUGAUCUGUCAGCGCCAAUUGGAAGCCCAUCUGCGGUGGAAGUGACGAUGAAACCUACUAAAGUAAAGGUAUGUGAUGAGUUACGAAAGCUAUCCGAUUUACUAAAAUUAUCUACUACCAUCACGCGAACGAAGGAGGAACCCUUGUCCGAAUCUAAUACUUCCCCACAGAACACGAUCACUACUCUGAACAAUGGAUCGAUCCCCGGUGAUGUGACCCCACUAAGUUCCACUCUCAAUACAGCCGAUCUGGACACGGAACUUGAGAGUCUCAAAUCCAAAGUGAAGGUGAUCAAAACAGCCAAAGCACAAAACAGUUUGGCUUCUAAGCAGCUGGAAUUAUUCUCGCACAGUUCUUUGAAAUUACCGACUUUCAAAUUUCUACCCAAAUCAAUCAGUCUGUGUAACGACGACUCAGUAUUUAAAGAAAAUUAUACCAAAUUCUGUGAUCGAAAUGCCAUUCAGAAACCUUCCCACCUUCAAGAGUCAUCAAAGACAGUAACCGGUUCCAGUACGACAACGACUACCACAACCUCCAGCCAGGAAGGAACCGAGGGUACAGCGCUGAUCGUGACCAAAACCACGAAAAGUAGCAAAACAUCGAACGACGGAACCAAAACCAUCACUGUUCGAAAGACGAUCGUUAAGCAGAAAAAGAUCGUUGAACAGGAGUGUGAAAACACGGAAAACUCGAGCAAGACCAAGCUUAAACCUCAACCAUCGACGGAUUCGUUAGCGACGGUCAAACGAACCAAGUUCCGUGUCAACCAAAUGAGCAGCCGUGACGUUCCGGUUGCGAUCAACAGCGUCGCGAAACGUUACCUCGAACAAAAUCGGCUAAUCACCAACACUGACAACUGCGCGGUACCCAAAAACGAUCAGCUGUUGAAAAAGUUUCACAAAGAUCACGUCGUUAUCCAGUCGGAAACGGAAACGACCAAAAAUCUGAAAAAUACCAUGAAAAUUCGUAGUCUUUCGGUAGAUUGGGAUGCCGUUGAAGCCGUCGAAAAUCGAUCGAUGAAAUCUAUUAACAACUUUCUCAAGCGUUCGACCGCCGCCAGUGCAAAUUCUGCGGUCAAACAGAUUCAGAAACAGAUGGAGGCUAAUAUUCACAAAUGAUCCGAUGGCACUCGACCAGGACCAGGGUUUCAAGACGGCUGCAGUUAUGGCGAUCGAUCCGAUCGCGCCCGUUGGAAAAGACUAGCCACCAAUGAAUCGCUUCUUGGAAGAUGCUGAGUGGUUUAGUUUAUCGCACCAAUUGUUGCUAAUCUACGCUUAAAUUCCAUAAUUCGCUGUUACAAUAUUAGGAACACACUUUCACGUUCUGUCAAUGGUUCACCAUUACAUAGUUUUGUGUCCAUCCUCUGUUCAGCUUUAUGUGUAUGUUUGUGUAUACGUAUUACUAGAUUCUACGUUAUCGUCAGAAUUUCGAGAAGGAAGGUUUUUUAUUCAUUCUUAAUUCUCAUCAUUGUCAUUUUUUUCUUCCAUCAAUUCGAUCUAAACGCUAUCUCAUUAUUUUGAGCUAAGCGAGUUAAUUUAUUUAAGUUUUAGAGCUUAACUCAAUAGAAAUCACUUGGGAAUGUAUAGAAGUACAAUUGUUAGUAGAAGCAAAUGGUGAGAUAGAAAAAAAGUGUAAGAAUCGUUAAAAACUUUGUUAGUGUUACUAUUUAAUAAGAACCACAGGAAACAGUUAAACUGAAAUGUAAAUAUUCAGAGUAUCAAUAUUUUAUUAAAAAUCGAUAAAAACAAA